AUGGACAAGAACAGAAAGAGUUACAAAGACAGCAAGCAAAUGAGUGACUAUGACAGCAACGAAAUGAGCGACUCCUCCAGAAACGAUGUCAACAACACAAGUAGUAACAGACACAGAAACAGCAGGUUCAACCAAAAUAUGUUUGGCUUUCUCUUCUUCAUACUCGUCCUGUAUUUUGGAUUUGCAUGCAGAGAAGAGUUUCUCAGAUUAAACAAAGACACAAUGACCAACUUCAAGGGUCAAGUAAACACAUUGAGUGAAGAGAUUCUCACAUUAAACAAAGUCCUGAACUCCCUGCAACCGGUGGCGGACACUAUGCCCAACUUCGCUCUGGAGAGUCAAGUAAACACAUUAAGUGAAGAGAUUCUCAGAUUAAACAAAGUCCUGAACUCCCUGCAACCGGUGGCGGACACUAUGCCCAACUUCGCUCUGGAGAGUCAACAGGCAAGAGUUUUACUUGAUCAGUCUUCACAAACGUACUCCAAACGAAGAAGCUGCGCCUAUCUUUUUGGAAUGUUUUGUAAACGACCUGUACACCCAAGGACAGUCCUUCAGGGAGGCUCAUCCCCGGCUGUAGGACGGUGCUGGCCCUUUGAAGGUGGGCGGGGGCAUUUAUUCAUCGCCCUGUCACACCCAGUCUACAUCAGCCAUGUGACACUAGGUCACAUUUCAAAGAACUUGUCCCCAACUGGCAUCAUUCCUAGCGCCCCAAAGACGUUUUCUGUCUAUGGCAUGAAUACUUUAGAUGACAAAGGAACCUAUCUAGGAACCUUUCUGUAUGAUCAGGACGGGGACGCAACACAAACUUUUGAGCUACCUGAUCAUGGAAAAGUUGUCUUCAAAUACGUGAAACUACAAGUUGAGAGCAACUGGGGUCACCCCGACUACACCUGUCUGUACAACUUCAGAGUUCACGGAAAGCUGGCAGAAGUUACAGACAGGUAAGUAUG